UAAGCCUACCACUAGUUAUCUUCCCUUGGCUUGUCCACCACCAUUUCUUCAGCUCACUAUAAUAUCGCUCUAACUUCAUGACGAUGGUAAAUCGUGCAGUUCUUGACCGCAUUAGAGGUGGUUACAGAAUUUUUGUCGGUGAUCUAGGCAGUCGAAUUGGCAAGAAUGAAUUAGAGAGGCAAUUCAAGUCGUUUGGACCCAUAACCGAUAUAUGGGUUGCCAGAAACCCACCAGGAUUUGCAUUUUUGGUUUUCAAAUACCCUGAAGAUGCUGAACGCGCUGUAAGAGACCUUGAUGGCAGAUGUGUUAGUGGUCGAAGAGUUCGUGUAGAACAUGCUCGUCCAUACCAAACAAGGAAGCCGAGAGGAAAUUCUAGACGGAGAGGCAUGGGUCAUUCUGGAGGCCAUUGGCGUCGGGAAGAUCACACCAAUACUGCUGUAAGAUCCGGUUCUGAUUCUCGCUAUUCCAGGUCUAGAUCCCGUGACAGAAGCUACUCAAGGUCCAGGAGGAGCCCUUACUCAAGAUCUCGUUCCAGGUCACGUUUCAGGUCUUACAGUCGUUCGAGAAGUCCUGAAAAACUCUCAAGAUCAAGAGGAGGACAUAGCUCCCUGGACAUUCCCCAGCGACACAAGAAAGAUGAGCACUAUCGCAGUAGGUCAAACAGCCGCUCUCAGAGCCCACCCUUGCGCCCGAGAUUAUUUCGUGUUCUGGAUGACAUUGAGGAGUCCAGCCGACAGCGUUCACCACGGAACCGGUCAGUUUCACCAGAAGAUCAACGAAGCAAAUAUUCAUCUCGUUCUAGACACGAUGCUAGUCAUGAUCUGGACAACCAUGAUGGUGGUCAAUCUGAUACCAGUGAGCAGUCUGGACUGAGGAAAGAGAAGUUGACUAUGAAAAAUAGCCGGUCGCGUUCCCCUAGUUAUGAUGGUUCUGACUUGGAAACUGGUGAAAUCAGUGACCAUCCCAUGAGAAAGUCUCGUAAAAUGAAAGUGGACAGAUCUCCAUCUCCAGACAGAUCACAUGCUGCACUGUCAAGUCGCACAUCUAAUCCCGGCAGAUCUGAUAGUGAUGAGGAAAAAUGAAUACACACAAUAGAGGGGGAAUUCUUAGUUUUUUUUUUCCCCCCUUUCUCUGUCUCUCUCUUUCUCUCUCUCUCUCUCUCAAGCAAGAACCAGCAAAAAUGGAAAGCAUGUUGUAUUUAAACAAGUAGACUUUAGAAUUUUUUUUAAUCAAUUGCCUAUUUAAUCAUUAAUUGAAGAUUCUGGUUGUUUUUUCUUUUUGUUUCUUUAUUUUUUCCCCCAUUUUUAAUUGUAGGUACAUGCACACCCAUAUAUUCACCUACUCUUGUUUUUGUUCAUUUUGGUUACUCAUGAAAACUAAUACUCUCAAAACCUGAAAGAACAUGUAUCUUACAAUACAUAUAUAUAUAUAUAUAUAUAUAUAUAGUACAAUAGUUAUGUGAGUUUGUAUCUGUGUGUGUGUAUGUGUGUGGACAUACUUCCUGAAUGAAGAGACUUAAUACCUUCAUCAUUUAUCUAAUAUUUGUUCUUUCCUAGAGGUUUUUUUUUUUUUUUAAAUUUGCUUGUUUCCAUUUUUGGGUUGUAUUUUCUCUUGGUCUUUUAUUGUUGCCAUUACUCUUACAAGUGUUGUCAAGAGCAAGAGUAAGCUGAGUCUGUAAACCAGUUUUCUUACCUGCUUGAAAUCAUUUGACUUAUGCCCUUGAGACAGGCAUAAACAUAACAAAUUCUCAUUUUUGUCUUCUUUAUAAAAUCUAAGGCUUUGCGCUGAUGCAAACAUAAGGGCAAUGUAGUACCGAACUGGAUACAUUGAAGUAUUUAGUUUCAUCUCUUGGUUCAGAGUUCAGAAUCUAUCUUGCUUAAACUUCACUAUUCAUCCCCACAAGGGGCUGAUAGCUAUCAGUAAUAAUCUUAUUUUGAUUCAGUUAACUGUGCCCUCACCAUGUCAAAAAUGCUGGCCUUGUGCCUCGUCAAAAGAACUCAUCAUCAUAAUUACUACUGUUGUUUUUAUUUGUUUGAAAAUAUAUGGUGAAAGGAAACCUUCUCUAAUGAAUCUGUAGUUUUCAUCAUGAAUGUUAGCAUCAUACAUUUUCACUUAUUUUCUGUCUGUUUGUCUCUUUUUGUGGGUAAUCAAGGAGUUCUAUUUUUACCUACCAACACGUUUGAAAAUGUAAAGUUAGGGUGUUAUGGAAGAUUUAGUUUGUGAUUAAAGAAGUUACUGGAAGAACAGGCUGUUUCUCCUCCAGCAAAACAACAAUGCUUUUGCAUGAACAUGAUUUGACAAAUCUGAGAUUAUUUCCAUUACUUUCAUAUACCAAUUCCAGCUAUUGUAGAUAGGAUAUAUUGAACUUUGAAAACUACACAAACUAUAAAAUUAACCUUAAUGAUACCUUUCUUUCUUUUAAAUUUCAUGUAAAUCUUUGAAUUUGUGCAUCUUUCAAGUGUUUCAGAUUCCACCCACUCCAUCCCCACUUCUACAGUUGAUUUCACUGCUGAUGACAAUUUCACUCUUUGUAAUGUAUAUGGUUUAAUGAGAAACAGGACUCUUUACAAAUUGGACUGGAUUUAUAUACUGUCUCCCUCCCUCUGAUUGGCUAAUCUACUCACACAGCAUUUAUUUUUGUUUUGUUUUUUUUUCUUCUUUCCUUUCAUUCUGCUUUUGGGUGCUUCUCUCAGUGCAUCUAAACAGCAGUUUCAGAUCACCUAGUAUUUUCUUCUCUUUAAAAUCCUUGUUUAAAUCGUGUUUUUUGGCAGUCUGCAGUCCUUUCAGUUAACUGUAUGUUACAAUUAAUUUUAGUCACUUUGUUUUAAAUCAGUAUUUUAUUUGACCAUGUAAAAAAUAUGGGAGAAGAGUCUAUUAAAAAGAAAGAAAAAAUAUAUAACAAAAGCACUAUAUCAUCUUAACUUUUUUUAACAUAUUCCUUAACAUGUUCACUUUGGUUCUUGUUUUCUAUUAUUUUAAUUUCAUUUGUAAUUUUUUUGUCUUGUUUAUUAUAUAUUUCUCAUUCUUUUCUCCUUUCUUAGUCAAAUUUCUUCAUAUUUAUAUAAAAUACAUUAAAGAAAAAAAAAAACUACAUAAACAAAAAAAAUUCUUUUUUUUUUAAUAUUUGUUUACUUUUAAAUAAAAAAAGAGAAAAAUGUGUUUUGUGAAAAUUUACAUUUAAGUUUUAUUUUUUUAUUUGGUUAACUCUCUUUCUCAUCUUACAUUUUGCUGUAUCUCUAUAAAUGGUUCAGUCAUUCUUAAACUCCGGAACUGUUUUAGAUAAUUUUCAUAGAAUUAGCCAAAAACUGGCUAAAUACUUUUUUUUUUUUUUUAAAUUUCCCUCAUAUUUCACCUACUAGCCCUUAACAUCUGUACACUAGACAACAUGUAAGGACUUUUCUUCCCUUCCCUGAAGCUUGUAGGUCACUAUACAUAUAUUUUAUAGUAAAUAAAAGUGAGAUGUGUGCAAAAUUU